CAAAAUGAAUGAAAAAGACUAGGAGAAGCAAAAAUUACUUUAUCUUUUAAUACUUACACAAUUUAAGAAAAUAAGGGAAAAGGAUAAGCAUUUCUAUUAAAGACUUUAGAAAGUUCAAAAGAUUUUAUGGAGUUAGGCCUAUUUUGGUUAUGAAAAUGAUAGUAGAUUACUGGUAAAGUAACUCAUCUUAUUACUAUGGUUUAACAAAGAUUAAAUGAUUUAGAUGGUAAAAACGAGGAAACAUUAAGAAUUGCCAGAGGAGAUCAAGCUUUUAAUUUUAUUACUUAUAAUCAAAAUAAAUAGGAAUAUAAAUUGAUUUUUCAUGAUGAAUCAUAUGGAG